UACAAAAAAGUCGAAAAACAAUCACCUAUGAUAUCAAUCUGUUCGGCGUUCACUAAACAUUUAAAUAGAAAGUUGGAAAUCAUUAAUUGUUGUUUGUUAAUUUGUUAUAGUCUACGAUUUAUAGGCAUUCAAAAGACGUUGUAGAAACUGGAAAAUAGAAUUUGAAUCAUACUGAAUACCGAUGAAAGAAGAUUAUUACUGAAUAAAUCAAAUUUGAAUAAAUCAUUUAGUGAUAAAGUUUAAUAAAAUAAUAAAAUGAAAGAUUCAGUUAUGAUUCAUGGGGCUGGUGGUAUCCCAGACAAAUCAUGGAAACCACAAUUUGGAAUUCUUGAAACUUCAAUGGGUCAAAUAACAAUUGAACUAUACUGGGAUCAUGCUCCAGAGACUUGCCGUAAUUUUGCAGAACUUUGUAGACGUGGUUAUUAUAAUAAUACAAAAUGUCAUAGAAUUAUUCGUAAUUUUAUGAUUCAAGGUGGUGAUCCUACCGGCACUGGCAGAGGCGGUACAUCAAUUUAUGGUACUCAUUUCGACGAUGAAAUUCAUGAUGAUCUUAGACAUACAGGAGCAGGUAUUGUGUCUAUGGCUAACUCCGGACCUAAUACAAAUGGUUCUCAAUUUUUCAUUACAUUAGCUCCAACUCAGUGGCUUGAUAAAAAACACACAAUAUUUGGCCGUGUUCAUUCCGGUAUGAAUGUUGUCAAAAGAAUGGGCAUGGUAGAAACGGAUAAAAAUGAUCGACCUGUUGAUGAUGUAAAAAUAUUAAGAGGUGGAAUAAAAAUGUAAUGACAUAAAAAAGCAUCUACAUCUACAAAAUAUGUAAAACUUAACCAAAAAUAUUACAAUAUAUUCAACAAUUACAAACUACAAUGUCAAUAAAGUAAAAUAUUUUAGUGUUCCUAUAAAGAUAUUCAUUUUUGGUAUAAUGUAUUGCUAUUUUUAAAUUAUAUCAAACAAACUGUGAGGCAAUUAACCAACAUA